CGCGGAAAUAGGUGUAGGACUCUGUAACGAACUUUCUACCUCGUGAAGGUGUCGUUUGCAGAGUUGUCUACUUUCUUUUUAACAACUUAACUUUUUUUUUUGUUGGCUUCCGCACUCGCUUAAAGCUUUGAUAUAUCACACGGAGCGUAUCUGUCUGUGUUUACUCACCGGUUUGGGGUUUUUUUUGGAAAGCGAAAGCAGACUGCGCAAGGCCUGUGAAGUCAUGGCUGACAGUAUGGACGAAGAUAUGCCGGAUGAGACUUUACCUCUCCGGCAGGACCUCACCUGUCCCGUGUGUCAGGGCAUCUUCCAGGACCCCGUGCUGCUGCCCUGCAGUCACUCCUUCUGUCGGGACUGCUGGCAGAAGAGUUGCAAAGUCAAUCAAAAGUGUCCGGUGUGCAGGAAGGAGUUCAAGGAAGACCAGGCCAUCGCCAACCGCGCCCUCAAAGAUGCCUGCGAGUCCUUCCUGAAGCAAAGUAAUUUAAGGAGCAACCAGAAACAGCAAGCCGCAGAGGACGCCUGCAACCUGCACCUGAAGCCCCUGGAGCUGUACUGUGAGAAGGACGAGGAGCCUGUGUGUGUGGAUUGUGUCGCUUUGCACAACACACACAGACUGCACCCACUGAAAGAUGGAGCACCGCUGUGUAAGAAGGAGCUGAGCUUCAAAGUCCAGAUUUUUGAGAAGAAAGUGGAGACGUACAAGAAACAGACCCUGAAACUCAGCAAUGCAGCGGAGUAUAUCAAGUAUCAAGCUGGGGUGGCCGAGAGACAGAUCAAGUCGGAGUUUGAGAGGCUCCACAAGGUGCUCGUCACAGAAGAAGUUAUGCGUCUGCAAGCUCUGGCCUGUGAUGAGAAGGAGAAGCUUGAGUCCAUUCAGAGUAUGAUUGAUAAAGCAAAUAGGGAUACUGCAGCUUUGAAGGAGCUCAUUGAUACUUUGAAAAAAGAGAUGGGCAAUGAGGAUUUAGCCCUUGUGCGGAAUUUCCAGAAUUUAAAAAGAAAAGCCCAGUGGACUCGUGACGAUCCUCGCAUUCCUCAUGACUCUCUUUUAGACAUGGGCAAGCAUGUUGGCGCUCUGAGUUACAACAUCUGGAGGAACCUGCAGAACCAUGUCAAACACUAUUCAAUAGUACUGGACCCAAACACAGCCUCUCCAUGGCUGUCCUUGAGUCCAGACCUGACCAGCGUGAAGGAAAGCGCAGAGCGGCUGAUUGCCCCUGACAACCCAGAGCGCUUUGAUCCCUGCGUCUUUGUCCUGGGUGCUCAAGGUUACACCUCGGGGAAACACAGAUGGGAUGUCCUUGUUGGUGACAACCCCAAGUGGAUUGUGGGCGUGUGCAAAGAGUCAGUGGCCCGUAAAAAGAAGUUUACGGUCUCUACUGGCCGUGGAGUGUGGGCUAUAUCACUCAGCAAAGGUGUGUACACUGCCACAAAUGCUGAUCGUACUGUGCUGCAGUUACAACAGCGUCCAGAGAGGAUCCGCAUCAAGCUAAAUAUGGAUAAGGGAGAGGUGUCAUUUUGGGAUGGGGGAACAGCAAAGCACCUGGUCACUUUGACACAUAAGUUUGAUGAGGAGGUGUUUCCUAUGUUUGGCCCUGGGCUCCAUAGUACACCCAUGACUCUAGCUCCAGGAAAAAUGGCUGUACACACCUCAUAAUGACCCAUUGUAUGGCAGAGGGGUGGUUGGUUUACCUAAAGCUGUUGGGUUAUGAUUAUAAACUUUUCCAAAAAAGAUGCUUUUUAAAAGCAAAAUGAAACUCGACAACAAUGUGGCAGUCGAACAUCUAGAAUAUCAAAAAGGACUUGCCAAAAAAGAGAAAUGAGACGAUCAAAAUUGGGGCGAUGCUCAGAAAAUAGAUAAAACAUGCUGAAUAAAAUAUACUAAAAUAUGAUUAAUGACAAAAUGUAUAAAACAGUAUAUAAUCUUUAAGCUUCACAAAAGUAGAUAUUGUGAAAACGUCGGGUGAUAAGACUUUAAGAUCUGGCAUAAAGGAUUAGUGUAAGAAAUGCAUGACAAUCUGUCAAACUGAGCAGGAUUUAACAUUGUUGAUUAAUUGUUUAAGCCAACCUUAAAAACAUGCAGUCAUUAGUUGAUUAAAAACUUUGCAGCUGCAUGAUGCAUAUGAUAGAGCUGAGUGAUAACUUUGUGAACACUGAUUAAUAGAAUUGCAGAGAAAUACAAAAAUCAAUCAAUCAAUCAAUCAGUGUUACAAGAGAGUAUUAAGACCAAAUGAUUUAGAUGUGCCUUACCUGGAUGAAAUAUGAUUGACCAACCUUUCAAUGUCAAUGUCCAAAACACACACAUGAUGCUGGUGACCAAUAAUGAUAAAGUUUUAAAAAAUGAAUUAAAACAUCUCUUGAUUAUUUAUGAAGCCGGAAGAAAUUAUGACAUGCAAUGCUUUAAUAUCUGAGAGGUGAACAAAAAAACAAAAAAAACUAAAAAAAAAUUGUGUAUUAAAAACAUGUCCUACUCUUCUAUCUAUCUAUUUACACCUGUCUGGAAAUACAAUAGAGCUAUUACAGUAACAACCACAUACAUUUGCAGUGAUUAUAUUUCAAUCAUGAAAGAGUAGAAUAGACUGUCUUUACCACAGACUGUACAUUUCAGAAUAUCUAUACAUUUUUCUAUAUAGACUGUACAUAUAAAUUUCUCUUCUACAGAAUUAAUACAGGAUCAUGUUCUACGCCAUACAAUCUAUAGUCAUGAGCUUGGGAAUGUGCCUCAGUUAAUCAUUACUACUUAAGUUGUAUUGAUUCUGCUCUAAUAUUGCUAUCUGUAAUGUUAAAUGUAUUUGUGUUGGUGUGUUGGGGUGUUGUUUUUUUUUUUUUUUUAGUUUUAUGAUACUUGUUUAACUUGGUUUAACAGCAAGUUGGAUACACUUUGAAGUAGAUAUACUGAUAUCACAGCCCCGGAUCUGUAUAUGAAGACAUUUCAAUGUGCCUGUGAAUGUUUGUCAAGUAAAAAUCACUGAAAA